GCAAAUAUUCGCAGGUGAGAUCGUAUUUCUCCCGUUGAUGUAAUCGUUGUUCCGAAGCUCUCAGUCCCACCCAACUAAGCGAGGGAGAUUGAUUCAAUAAACGAUACAUCUUCGAGCCCUUUCGAUUCUCCCCGCGACAGCUUCGAAUUCGUCCUGCUUCGUGGAGUUUAUUUUAUAGAAGGGCUUAUUGAAUCGACAAUUCUUGGUCUUAGAUUUGGCCAUCUGCUCGUCUUCUCUGGAGAAUUUUCCUUUUCGUCCUUGGUUUUCGGACUAUUUUACCGGCGCGAGCAUCAGAUUAGAGCCAACCUGAAAUUUCUCUCUUUCUCUUUCCUUGUUGGAUUCGUUCUGAUUCACUUGGCCUCCAACUGGUUAGGAUCCAAAGCGAGAGCUAUCUCAAACUGGGUGGGAGAGUCUCUUGAACUUAUGAACCCCAUUUUUCUUUACAGUCAUGCAGAGCCAGCUUUUGUGUAGUGGAUGUAGGAACAUAUUGCUUUAUCCCAGAGGGGCAACCAAUGUUUGUUGUGCAUUGUGCAACGCAGUUACCUCCGUUCCUCCACCUGGAAUCGAAAUAUCUCAUCUUUAUUGUGGAAGCUGUCAGACAUUGCUAAUGUUCACACAUGGAGCUCCAAGUGUGAAAUGUUCUUGCUGUCAAACUGUAAACCUUGCGUCAGCCUCUAACCAACUUGCUCAUAUACACUGUGGAAACUGCCGGACUACACUCAUGUAUCCGUAUGGUGCUCCAUCAGUCAAAUGUGCAGUUUGUCACUAUAUUACUAACAGUACGAGCAAUGGAAGAAUUCCAAUUCCUGUCCCGAGACCUAAUGGAACACCCAACUCUGGAACAUUGUCUUCUACUCCAAUUAGCCAAACUGUCCUGGUUGAAAAUCCUAUGUCUGUCGAUGCAAGUGGGAAACUGGUGAGUAAUGUGGUCGUUGGCAUUACAGCUGAUAGGAAAUAAUGUCGCCAUUAUUAUGCUAUGUUUUGAAAGGUCCACAAUUCGAGUCAUUUUCAUAGUGUCAAGUACCUGAAGAUAGAUUUUCUUUGUGUAUAUGACGUUGCUCGCUGCAUUGUUAAAGCAAUCCAAAACCUGUACCUAAUAUAUGGUUUUGACUCGUUUCAAGUAUAUGUAUUUAUGUAUGAUGUAUAUCGGAGUAAAAGUGUGAAAAGGGCAUCAAACUUGUCGUUC